AUGAUUAAUUAUAAUUAAAUAUAUGUUGCAGUUCGCAUCAAAGCAUAUCUAAAUAGUCAAGACAAAGAGGAAAGCUGUAUAUCAUAAUUCUCUGAUGUACUUAUAUUUAAAUAUAUUUUACUUAGAAAUAAAUAGUUAUAUCGAAAUCCAAUCUGUAUGAGUAACAGUAUGAAUUCAAUCAGAUUUUUGAUCCACAAUGUGAUUAAGAAUAGAUUUACUUGUGUGUUGUAAAUCCCAUAGUCACGGAUGCUUUAAAUGGGAUAAGUUCGAACUUAAUUAUAUAUGGUUCAUAAGGAAGCGGCAAAACAUAUUCGUUGUUUGGAACGAUAGGAUCCUUGUUUACUCUGAAAUAAGGGUUGAUUAGCAUUGAGAGUGGGAUUGCCAUAAGGAUGAUUCAUGUAAAUAUGUGAUCUAUAGACUUUUAGUAACUGCACUCGUAAAAAUAGAUAUCAGAAUUAAAAAUAUUCAUUAUUGACAACGAAUAGAUUGUGAAUCAUUUAAGCACCAAUGGACAAUCGAAAUGGAUUGAAUUAGCUAAGCAAUUAUGUGAAGUGAUUUAAAACUUGAAUGACUCGAUUAUUCAUGUUGUAAUUGAAAUAAAGACUGUGCAGAACUCAAAAAUAAAAAUUAUUUAAAUUGGAUCUGUUAGCAAGGGAAAUUCAGGACAGAUGGUAACUCACAAUAAGAGCAUUUUUACAUUACAUAGAUGCAUUUAGUGUUUGAUUGAUUAAUAAAAAUAAAAAAAAAUAAUUUAGAUGCAAAGAAUAUACAUCCCAUUUAGGGAGUCAAAAUUGACUAAUUUGUUAUCGAAUUCCUUUUUGGGAUAGGCUCAAUUAAAGAUUAUUCUAUGUCUUGCUCCAACGAAAAUGGAUGAUGCUUUGGGUACUCUUUAGUUCGGACAACAAUUUCAAUAAAUAAAAAUAGUUAGGUAAUAAUCUAAACAUUAAACAUAAUUUUCAGUUUAAUAGUAAUUUCAAACCUAAUCCUAACUUUAGAUUAAUGAGUUUAAUUCAAUGACUACUCAAAGUCAAACUCUGGAAAUGAUUCCAAUCCAGUUCCAUGUGCAAAAGAUUUAAGAAUUGACUGAUAAAUACGAAUCUAUAAUUCACUACUUACAAUAAAAAAUAAUUAAAUAUAAAAAUAGAUGA